AUGGCUGCUGUCAAGAACACCGCGCACACUUUCACACUCAACACCGGCGACAAGAUCCCCGCCAUUGGCCUCGGAACUUGGCAGUCUAAGCCACACGAGGUGCGGGCGGCCGUCGAGGCCGCGCUCCGGGCCGGCUAUCGCCACAUCGACACGGCUGCCGCCUACGGCAAUGAGUCUGAGGUUGGUGCCGGAAUCAAGGCUUCGGGCGUGCCCCGCGACCAGGUCUGGCUCACCACCAAGCUCAAUGUCACCGACCACAAGCGCGUUGCCGCGGCCCUCGAUGACUCCUUGGCCAAGCUCGGCGUCGAAUAUGUCGAUCUCUACCUGAUGCACUGGCCCGCGUCCGUCAUUCCCGGCCAAAAGGCCGUCUAUGAUGACUGGAACUUUGUCAACACCUGGAGCGAGAUGCAGAAGCUCGUCGGUACCGGCAAGGUCCGCAACAUUGGCGUUUCCAACUUUGCUAUCAAGAACCUCGAGAUUCUCCUUAAUGACCCCAGCUGCAAGACCACCCCAGCAGUGAAUCAGAUUGAGCUGCACCCGUGCAACCCCUCGCCCAAGCUCGUCGCCUAUGCCACCGACAAGGGCAUCUACAGCACUGGCUACUCCUGCCUCGGCUCUACCAACUCACCGCUCUACACCAAUGCUACGCUCAAGGCCCUCGCCGAAGCCAAGGGCAAGACGGUCCAGCAGGUGCUCCUCGUCUGGGGUAUCCAAAAGGGCUGGAGCGUCAUCCCAAAGAGCGUCACUCCGGCCCGCAUCCAGGCCAACUUUGAUAUUGACGGCUGGGGUCUGACAGAGGAGGAGGUUAAGACGAUUGACGGCGUGACUGACCGCUUCAAGGUCUGCAACGACAGUUGGCUUCCCGUCAAAGUUUUCUUUGGCGAUGACGAGUAG